GGUUUGUAUCUGUAUGCAUCAAGUUCACCUCAACCUGCUCCCAACCUCUCAACUGAACAAAGUGUGAAAACUAAGCCCAGCUUCAGUACUGGCUUGUGAAACGGGUAGCGUGUGCUACUUUUCCUUCUUCAGUGGGGAGAGUAGAAGAGGAGAGAGAGCUCCCAGGGCUGCAGACAGCAUACAAAAGGCACCGUACUGAUUUUACCAUCCAGACCAGAGUCAAGCCACAGACAGACAUGGCUGCUGAGGGCUGGCUGGCGUUCCUGCUCGUUGUCCUCAACCUAGGCAACCUUGCUCAUCCCUGUGACACUCAAGAGUUACGAUGUCAGUGUAUUCAGAUGAGUUCUAAUAUCAAUCUUCUUAAAUUAAUUAAAAAUAUCCAGGUGAUACCUGAGAAUAUCUACUGUAGCCGAAAAGAAGUCAUAGCCCUGCUGAAAAAUGAGAAAUUAAUUUGUUUGGAUCCUAAGGCUGAAUGGGUGAUGGCUCUUAUCGAAAAGAUUACACACAGGCCCCUUAAUGAAGUACUACACCAGAAACUGCACAUCCAAUUCAAUGAGGAACAAGAGCCCUCUGCAUUUUCUUGGUUUGCACGUCCUCUAGAUCUUUCUUGAAACACAUCGGUGUGGUUUGAGGACUGAAAUGAACUCCUCUUUCAACUCAUUCUGGGGGCCUCUAGCUGCUUUUCUGACUUGCUUAUGACAAGAGUGAUUGGUAUUGAGUUGAUGAAACCAUUAUUGUGUAGGAAAAUAAAUCUUAAGUUUCACAUCGUAGGUGGGGCAUUUCUCCCUUGGGCUCAGUGCCUUUCUGGACUCUGCCUCUUCCACUGCUGGCCACUCUCUCUUUUAGUUUACUUGACUUUCUGGUGGAUGCUCUCAGUUGACUACUUUCCUUCCCUCUCUAUAUUUUGAUGUUACAUUUAAUGGCAUCAUGUGUCUUUUGCUGACAAACUAUCCACAUACUGCUUAAUGUUUUGUGCUUCAAAGCCUUAUUCCACUCUAGUAUGGGAUGUCACAGGGCAGCAUCCCAGAGUAAAGCAUGGCUCUUCAUCUCCAGUGCCCCAGACUCAAACACUUCUUUCAAAGAUUUUCAUUCACCAGAAAAAUCUGAAAUAAAAAUAUAUGUUAAUCUAGGCUUGGUGGCACAUGUACACAAUAUCAGCACUUGGGAAGUUAAGGCAAGAAGAUCAUGAAUUCAAGGCUAUCCUGGCUCACACAGUCAGUUACAGACUAACAGGCUAUAGGGAAUCUCUCUCUCUCUCUCUCUCUCUCUCUCUCUCUCUCUCUCUCUCUCUCUCUCUCUCUCUCUCUCACACACACACACACACACAGACACACACAUACACAUACACAGGUGAGUGGGUAACAAAGCAGCAUUAAUUGUAUAAUAUAGUUAGUUUAAAUUUUAAAAAUUUACUUGUAUGGUUUUAGUUUUUCUGUAUGUCUGUUUGUUGGUGUGAACAUGGGUGUGCAAAACCACAGGUGUCAGUCCUGGAUUUCCACCUUGUUUGAAGCAAGGUCCCUCUGUUGUUUUCCACAGUGAAUGCCAAGCUAGCUGGCCCAUGACGCCCCAGGCACCGUCGUAGCACUGGGGCUACAGAUGCUUGGCAUCAUGUGGGUUCUGGUAACUCUAGCUCAGGUCUUUGGACUUGAACAACAAACUCUAUUGCUCACUGAGUCAUCUGUCCAGAUCAAUAAUUUGUUUUUAACUGAAGCGAACCUUCUAGCUAACAUUGUUGAAGGCUAUGGGCAGACUAAGUUAGAGCACUGUGGAUGGGAACAAUAGUAGGAAAUGUAAGGCUUUCCACACUUACGAUGACAACAAGGAUGUCACUGCAGACAAGCGAGGCGCUGGGAAACACAGCUACAGCCAUGACCAUUUCACUUCUUCCUGCUAGAAAUUUCUCAUAUUUAACACUAAUAAAUAUUAAACAAACAAAUAUCCAUUUUCUGGUUGACAUUUCUGAUGAAGGAGUGUGUUAACGGAUGAAUGAUACUAUCUUGGAGCCAAAACAAGAACUCUCGGUCAAGAGAGGACUAUCUGUAGGCUCUGAAGCCUCUGGCUUUCUCUUGCCAACUCUUGUAUGUUUGCCCUUGUCUGCUAACCUGAGACCUCUCAUUUCCCCCACAGUCUUUCUGUUUUUCUGUUCUGCAUGGAAAGUCACGCAGGUAACUCACUUGCUCUCCCUACAGUAUAAUUUUUAAUUCCUAGAAAAGAUAUUAUUGACCACGUCGGUUAAUUUGUAUGCAUUGGUCCAACUACCUGUGGCUCAGUGCCUGUGGUGCCACGGUUCAAAUGAGGCCAUUUGUGGUCUCUCACUGCAGAACAAAGAAAUAGUUCCCAGAGUCUAAUGCUAUAUUGGGUAUUUUCACUAUGAUCUGUAUAUCUGAGGGAAAAAAUCAAAGACAGAUACUAAUAAAAAAUAUACUUCCUCAGAAGAAA